AUGACUUACUUUCUUGGCAUGGAAGUGAUUCAAACUGAUCAUGCCAUCUUCAUAAGUUAUCAGACAUUUGCCUUUAAGAUCUUAAACAAAUUUUGCAUGUCAAAUUGCAAAAUAGUUAGCACACCAGUAGCUGAAGGUAAGAAACUAACCAACAAUGAGAACCAUGAAAGAGUUGAUGAGAAAGAGUAUAGAAGCCUUGUAGGUUGUCUGCUUUACUUGACAACUACUAGGCCUGAUAUCAUGUUUACUGUUAGCUUUCUUUCAAGAUUCAUGCAUUGUUGUAAUGUUGUUCAUUUUAAGGUAGCCAAAAGAGUUCUUAGAUAUGUGAAAGGUACUUUGGAUUAUGGAGUGAAAUUUGAGAAUGCAAAAGAACUUAAGUUGAUAAGGUAUUCUAAUUGUGAUUGGGCAGGAUCCAUGGAUGACAUGAAGAGUACAUCUGGUUAUUUCUUCACUCUAGGCUCAGGGGUCUUUUGUUAG